AUGGCACAGGGCAAAGCUGCUUUUUUACUAAUAUUGUGUGUUUGCUCCUGCUGGCACCUCUCUUCAGCGGACACAGAAGCGAUCAAGGAAACAGCAAUCAGAGAAGUGUGUGAGCUUUCAAAAACAUUGAAAGGCACACCCUUUGCCAUAACUCAGAGAUGGAAACAUAUCGAGGCCUUGAUUUCGACCUUUGAGAGGUUGCUGCGAAGACUGGAGUUAAUUAACCUUCUGUGCUGUGAAGACGAAGAUAGCGUAAGCAUUUUGAAACUCUACACCCAAAGCCAGAUUGCAAGUUUAGAAGUGCUAAUGAAGGCUCUUAUGGAAAGGGGACCGAACGCCGCGGCGUUCGCGGCAUACGCAGCAGGGAGGUUGGAUGAGUUUGUUGCCGUAUUCACGCAGUCGGUGGGGAAGACACCGCGAACAAACGCGUGCGUAAUUGCGGAUUCCGGCAUGAGAAGGUGGGACCAGGCAGCGGCGAAUGGAUGUGAGCAUAACGUAGUGGGAAACGCGGCUCAGAAUUUCCUUGAUUUGGAAGUCUUAUUGAAAACGACAUUGUUGACAAGAGGAAACCAAAAGGGAGAAAGCAAGCAGUGCCCACUAACAAAGAGCGAUUUGAGUGGCUAUGCGACGGUGGACGACGCCCCUGACAGAAUAAAGUGGGCAGGCGGGCUUUUGACCGUACACAAAAUGUAUGGAUGGAAAGAAGACGGAUGGUCUACAAACGGAAGGAACGUCGAAUUCAUCAAAGAGGCGGCAGAACAAUUCAAAGAAAUUAAAAAAGUCCUCGAGAAACAGCUGCCGAACGGCCUUGACAGCAUCGACGCACUAAACGCUUUUUUGAAAAGGGAAGAGCCGGACGCGAUGAUGAAAGAUGCAAUCAAAACGCACCAGGGGUGGGAAGAAGAGAAAGACGAUAAAACGAUAAUUGAGAAAAUCAAGGAGAUAUUUGGAAUUGGGGAACCAUGUGCAAAGAUUGAAUUUAUCGAAACGCUUAUAAGGACUAAUGUUUCUGCUAGAGAAUCGGGCUGCACAAAGCAAAUUGACUUGUUUCAACUCACUACUCGGCAAAUGGAAGAAGUAAAGGAACGCCGCCUCGAUCAAUUACGUAAAACGAAGACAGAAGCGGAGAAUUAUCCACGGGACAUGGCAAAAUUGUCGGCAUUAAAAACUAAUACAAACACAAAGCAAGGUGAGUACGGAGAGUGCCAGUUUCUAUGCAAGCGAUACAAGAACGCUAAAGCAGAAAACGAGGCAACGGAUGCCGCACCCAACUCUCCGGCAGCAGCAAGGAAGUGUCGUGGGAAAACGGAAAACGAUUGCAAAGAUGAGUGCAAAUGGGACGGAAAUGUCUGCAAAAAUUCGGACGAAACAUCAGAUUACUCCAGAGUGUGUUACUCCCCUCUUUUUCCAGUCUUACUUCUUUCCUUAUUUUAG